UGAUUACAAUCCACUAUAUUAAAACCAAGGCUCCCCAUACAUGUAUAUUUCUUCUACUUGUAAGUCCAUCAAGAAAAGAAAAUAAUUUCAUUUUGAUCUAAAGUUUUAAAAUCAAUCCAAAAUGUCCACUAAAAUUACUUAUGUAGAUCCAUUUUACAAUCUCUCUUACAAUCAAAUUAAUUCUAAAAAAUCCAACUCUUUAUAUUCAAGAAGAUCAUAUGUUCAUUUUAAAAAGAUCAAUAAACCUCUCAAUUUCCUCAUUUCCAAUGCAAAAAUUGGAAUAUUCAUUGUUAGGUGCAAUUCAGCCAAUAGUAUUGGAUCAGAUGCUUCACCUCCUGGAAACUCUUCAUCUUUAGGAUGGAAAAAAUGGUUGUUGGGAUUUCUUCUUCCUAUGUUACUACCUGCAUUCAAGAACAAAGUCAGCCCUUUACAACUACUCAAAAGUAAUGUGGAUAAAGCAAUAGAAACAGUGGAAACUAUGAGUGAGAUAGUGGAAGAGGUAGCUGAGGAAGUAGAAAAGAUUGCUGAAGAAGUUGAAAAGAAACUUCCUGGGGAUUCUAAGCUAAAAGAAAGUCUUGAUUCAAUAGAAAAUUUAGCUCAAGGGGCUGUCAAAUAUGCCAACCAAGCUCAAGAUCUCAUUCACAAGAUUGAGGAUGCCGAAAAAGAGAUAUUGGAAGAAACACAAGUGCAAAGUAACGCUAUAAAUCAGGUUGAAAGGGUCAGACAAGAGUUGAGCUCAAAAAAAUAGUCAGUGAUGAUAUUUAUUUGUGUAUUUUUCAUAUAUAUUAUUGUAUCGAUCUCAAAUCUGAUUAAUAGUGAUUUUCGAAUAAUUGUUAUCGAAAUUCUUUUGAUAUUUGUCUCAAA